UACACGGCUUCUUCCGGUGCCCAAAGCUAAGCAUCAGCCUGGCUUGUCUAGCCCGCAAAGCAUCACCCACCAGCAAGACAGAGCACCAUAUUUCAGCCUAAUUGCCACCUCUUUCACAUAUCCUAGCUACACAGGAAGUGGAAGCCAAACACACACACACACUCUCUGUUGGAUCACCCAUUAAUUUCUUCGCCGGUCUGAGGACAAAGCAACCAUGGCCAUGGUGCUGGACGCCUUCGCGUCCUACAUCGCCAACACGAUCGAGCAGAUGGCGAAGGACGAGGUGGGGAUGCUGCUCGGCGUCAGGGGCGAGAUCGACAGCCUGCAUGACAAGCUGGAGAGCCUCAGGGACUACCUCGCCGAUGCUGAGAGGAAGCGCAUCACCGACCGGAGGGUGCAGGGGUGGGUCACAAAGCUCAAGGGCGUCAUGUGCGAGGCGACCAACAUCCUCGACCUCUGCGAGCUCAAGGCCAUGGGUUGGCGGGACGCAUCCUGCUGCAACCCGUUGCUCUUCUGCUUGCGGCAUCCCAGGUUCGCCCAUGAUAUUGGUAGCCGCAUCAGGAAGCUCAACAAGAGGCUGGAUGACAUCUGCAAGCUGGGUGCUGCCUUCAGCUUCAUCAAGCUGGAGACGUACCAGGACUACAGGACCGGCCGACCUUCUGCGGCUGACCGGAAGACGGAUCCGGUGUUGGAACGCUCGGCGGUGGUAGGGGAGAAGAUUGAAGAGGAUACACGAGCACUGGUGGAGAAGCUCACAAAGGACAAUGAUGGCAUCAUGGUGCUCGCCAUCGUGGGUGUCGGCGGGAUCGGGAAGACCACCCUUGCCAAGAAGGUCUUCAACGAUGAGGAAAUUCAACACAAGUUUGAAAAGAAGAUGUGGCUGAGCGUCACACAGGACUUCAGCGAGGUUGAGCUCCUAAGGUCGGCCAUCGAUGCCGCAAAUGGAAAACUCCCUGCGACUCAAGACAAAUCCAUGCUUGUGCCGGCCCUUCUCAACGCCGUCAGAAAUCAGAAAUUUCUUCUGGUUUUGGAUGACAUGUGGAGUGAUAGAGCAUGGACCUCAUUACUCAAUGCUCCCUUGAGCCACGGUGCCCCUGGUAGCCGGAUUGUCAUCACCACAAGAAAUGAGACGGUUGCCCGAAGCAUGAGAGCUAGAGAGCCCCACCACCGCAUUGAUAAAUUAGGGCCCGAGGAUGCCUGGACAUUGCUCAGGAAACAGGUAGUCUCAGGUGAGGCAGAUGGACCUGAUAUCGACAUGCUUAAGGAUAUUGGAUUGCAAGUACUAGCAAAAUGUGAUGGUUUGCCUCUUGCUGUCAAGGUAAUGGGAGGACUUCUGCGUCAGAAAGGCAAGCAACGCCGUGACUGGGAGAUGGUUCUGAAUGAUUCUUUAUGGUCAGUAUCUAUGCGCGAAGAACUGAACUAUGUUGUAUACUUAAGCUAUGAAGAUUUGCCUCCUCCCGUCAAGCAGUGUUUUCUAUACUACUCCCUCCUCCCUAAAGGUAGUUUGUUUUUUGAUGAUGCCAUUAUUAGCAUGUGGAUUAGUGAAGGAUUUAUUCACGGAACCUCAGAAGACAACUUGGAAGAAUUAGGAAGAGAGUACUACAUGGAGCUUAUGCUGAGGAACCUUAUAGAGCCAGGGACAGAAUAUAUUGAUGAUCAAGCUUCCAAUAUGCAUGAUGUUGUUCGGUCAUUUGCUCAGUUUGUGGCUGGAGACCAGGCAGCAACAAUUCAGAGUGGAGAAACUGGUAGCGCUAGUAAACUCACUGCACAACAGUUUCUUCACUUGUCUAUAGACAGAAAAAAUUCGGAAUCAGAUGUGUUAGACUGGAGUUCUUUACAAGCACAAAAGGCAUUGAGAACACUAAUAUGUGUCGGCCUUGUAAAUAUAAAGCCUGGUGAUUCUUUGGUUUAUUUUUCAGGCCUACGGACUCUGAUUCUACAUACACAUUCUGCAAAUGUCGCUCUACUGGUUGAAUCUUUACAUGAACUCAAGCUCUUGAGGUAUUUGUCCAUACAGAAUUGUGAUAUAUCUUGUCUGCCAGAAAACAUUGGGAAGAUGAAAUUCUUGCAGUACAUCAACCUUUGCAUUUGCGUACAACUUGUUAAACUUCCACAUAGCAUUGUAAAGUUAGGAAAGCUAUGGUCUCUUGACUUGCGUGGAACUAGUAUAAAUGGUAUACCUAGAGGGUUCCAUGCUUUAAAAAAUCUGAGGAGACUACGUGGGUUUCCAGUCCAGGUGGAUGGUGAUUGGUGUAGUUUGGAAGAGUUGGGCCCUCUUUCCGAGCUCAGGGUUCUUGGACUGAUAGGCCUGCAGAAUGGAUCUGCUACUUUUUCUGCUGCAAAGGCAAGGCUUAGUAAGAAGGAGUACCUUACCAACUUGUACUUACAGUGCAGUAGUAUACUUUGGGUUGAUGGGCUGAUUAAAGAUGAAGAAGGCGUCUCUGAGCAGCAACAAAUCAAAGAGGUGUUUGAUGGGUUGCGCCCUCCGCCCAGCUUAGAUUUUUUUUACAUGGAAGGAUAUUUUGGCCGACAACUCCCAACGUGGAUGGCGUCAACAUUAUUAGCAUCCUCCCUUGGGUGCUUGAGGACUCUAUUUAUGGAAGGCCUGCCUUGCUGCACACAACUCCCAGAUGGCCUGUGCCAACUCCCCUAUCUGGAGGUUCUUCAAAUCCACCACGCUCCAUCCAUCAAGCGUGUUGGACCAGAAUUCCUCCAGCCCUACAAUCACCAUGCCUUUCCGAGAUUACGCACGAUGUCCUUAGACGGAAUGCUUCAGUGGGAGGAGUGGGUGUGGGAGGAGCAAGUGCAAGCCUUUCCUGUAUUGGAGGAGCUUUUCCUACAGAAGUGUAAGCUGAGGCUUGUUCCUCCUGGCCUUGCCUCCAAUGCACGGGCUUUGAAAAUGUUAGAUAUAUCUUCGGUACAGCAAGUUAAAUUACUGGAGAAUUUUGCUUCUGUUACUGAGCUUCAAUUAAAUCACAACCCUGACCUGGAGCGGAUCACCAAUCUACCCAAUCUUGAGAAGCUUACCAUCGUGAACUGCACGAAGCUGAAUGUGUUAGAGGGUGUGCCUGCACUGCAGAUUCUGGUGCUAGAGGAUUAUGCCAUGGAGGAACUUCCGGAAUACAUUCGAGGUAUAAUGCCAAGACAAUUACAGGUAGACUGUAAGCUAUGGUUGCUCGCCUCAGUAGCUGCAGGGCAAUCUGGCACUGAGUGGGACAAAUUCAGCCAUGUCAAACAUGUAAAGGCAUAUGCAGACGAUGGAAAAAAUGUCAGAGGAUUGUACGUGUGGUACACAAGGGAUCCCUGCAGCUUGGAGACAAACAUCAACCACCCAUUUGUAUCUGCAGGAAUAUUAUCCUCUAUAGACGGACAAGUAUUUCAGUCUGUAUUCAAGAUGAAAAUAAGUACCUUCCACUAUGUCUGCGGCUUGGUGUAUGCUCCAUCUUUAGAAGAUAUGAGCAGCUGCACCUUUGCCGAUGGCAGGGUGCUGUCUCUACAAGAUCGAGUAGCCCUUGCUCUGUUUGUCCUGAACUCUAGUGAGCCUCUGGAGAUCAUAGGAUCCUAUGUUGGUGUGAACGAAUCAACCAUCUCACUGUUAACUGAUAGCUUUGUUGAUGCUAUGGUGGAGAAAGCAACAGACCACUUGCACUGGCCAUACCCCUAUGAAAUUGAGAAGAUCAAGUCCAAGUUUCAUAAGAUCCAUGGUCUACCAAACUGCUGCGGUGUUUUACAUACAGUUUGCAUCACACCGCAAGAUCAUGAGAGAGGUUACAUCUUUGUACUGCAAGCCAUCAUUGAUCCAGAUUUGAGGUUCAUCCAUGUUGAUUGGGAAUGGUCAGUUGGCGGGACCCGGUCUGGUAUUAUUUUGCAUGACUCUAACCUCUUCCAGAGCUGCGAGAAGGGUGAGUGGUUGAACGGCAACAGGCUGAAGGUGUCUUUAGAUGGAUCGGAAGUUGGGGAAUAUUUAAUUGGUGAUGCAGAAUACCCUCUUCUCCCCUGGCUGCUGACACCUUAUAACCAGCUGGAAAAUGAGGACCACCCAAACUUUCAUUAUCAAGCCGAGUUCAACAGGAGACACUCUGCAGCCCGAACCGUCACACUGAAGGCGUUGGCAAGGCUCAAAGAAACAUAUAAGUGGUUGCAGCAAGGGACGUGGUCUCCGGAAGAUCGAAAUACUGCAAUCAACGCGUGCUUGAUGUUGCAUAACAUAGUGAUAGACAUGGAGGAAGGUGAAGGCGUACCGUAUAGUGAGGAUGCGGAUUACAGCGAGCAAGUGCGUAGGUUGGCAGAUGAGGACGCUGCCAGAGCGAGGGAUGUACUGGCCCGGUACUGCUUGACCAGCAGCAUGUCAUCGCAAUCUUGAGAUGCAGACAAGGAGCAGGAAGUAGCUUCAGGCUCAAGGGGGUAACUAGUAACUAAAGUGGGACAAGGAGCGCACACACGCACGCACGCGAGGGCAGUAGAGGAAGAAGCACAUACCGCCGUCCUCGUCGCUUCACUUGGAAGCGUGCGGGUCUCCACGCCUCAUCCUUGUGUGCUUGGUUACAUGCAUGGACCGGCCGGAUUCAGAUGGAUGAGAUUGUAUGCAAGCCAGCAAAGCCAAAGGCUGAUUCAGUUGAUGCUGGCACGACAUGGAUUAUAGGUCCAGCGCCUGUUGUUUUAUCCUGGUCAUCUCUUUGGCAAAGACAAGUCCUAUGUAUUACAACAUGUUGUAUAUAUCGUCGGUGAUAAGCUGUUAUGCAUUGGAGAAAACGACGGCGUCGUUGCAUGCAUGGACGCUAUUAUGUGGUUUGUAUUGUAUCUUUCCGGUUGAUAGUUGAUGCAACUGCAGAACUUGCACAUACAAAAUGGGUGUCCUGCAUGCUUAUGGUUGUGACAGGUGCAUUGUUGGGCACUACUGUUCAGUUCAGGUGCUUGCUGUUAAGCGUGUUGUCGCCACACCCUUUUAUAACAGCCUAGAAGGGAAUGUCGUUUUGCAUGUUUAACCCUAAUAAUAAAAAAGGUCAUUGGCCAGAUC